CAAAAGUUACAUAAUUUUAUCACCAGAGCAAAAGUCAACUUUUCCGCCAGCAAAAUCCGCCAUCAUCCUUUUCUGAUUUGGUAGUCGAACGAGUUGGAUCGUCGAUUUAACUUUUUCUGACGAAGAAAUGUCUGAAACCCUUCAACUUAAAGGCACCCUUUUGGGGCACAAUGGGUGGGUUACGCAAAUCGCCACAAACCCCAAAUUUCCCGACAUGAUCUUGUCGUCGUCGAGAGACAAGACCCUUAUUGUAUGGAAAUUGACUCGCGAAGACACACAAUACGGAGUACCCCAAAAACGUCUCCAUGGACAUUCACACUUUAUUUCUGACGUAGUCCUCUCCAGUGAUGGUAACUAUGCCCUAUCGGGUUCCUGGGACAAAACCCUACGUCUCUGGGACUUGGCUGCAGGCAAAACCACCAGGAGAUUCGAGGAUCAUACUCAGGAUGUGUUGAGUGUUGCUUUCUCAGUUGACAACAGACAAAUUGUAUCCGGAUCUCGAGACAAAACAAUUAAAUUGUGGAAUACAUUGGCUGAAUGUAAAUACACAAUUCAGGAGGAUGGACACAGCGAUUGGGUAUCGUGUGUGAGAUUCUCUCCAAACCACGCCAAUCCAAUCAUAGUCUCAGCAGGCUGGGACCGUAUGGUUAAAGUAUGGAAUUUGACCAAUUGCAGGCUAAAGAUUAACCAUUCUGGACAUGCAGGUUACCUGAAUACAGUUACUGUAUCCCCUGAUGGAUCGCUGUGUGCUUCAGGAGGAAAAGACUGCAAAGCCAUGUUGUGGGAUUUGAAUGAUGGCAAACAUCUUCACACUUUGGAUCACAACGACAUUAUCACAGCUUUGUGCUUCUCACCAAACAGAUAUUGGCUCUGUGCAGCUUUCGGUCCUUCAAUCAAAAUCUGGGACUUGGAAAGCAAGGAAAUGGUUGAGGAACUCAAACCGGAAGUUGUAUCACAGUCGCCUGGAUCCAAAGCCGAACCACCACAGUGCUUGUCAUUGGCGUGGUCGACCGAUGGUCAAACCUUGUUCGCCGGUUACUCAGAUAAUAUUAUCAGGGUAUGGCAAGUUAGCGUGUCGGCGCAUUAAAAUAAAUCCGUUUUUUAUUUUAUAUAUGUGAUAAGAAUAAAUCUAUCCGAUAGAA